UUCAUUGGGAAUCCCAAAAUCUCCAUCUUCUAGGAAUAGGUGCACAGUUUUCAAUUUCUUUUGCUUCUUUUCCCCUUUGCCCUUUGUUGAUAUUCACCAACCUUUUGUCCCUUGCAUCUUGUUCUUGGGUAAAGUUGUCUUUUAGAUGAAGUGGAACCCAAUUUACUUCCUUCUUCCUUUUUCAUCCAUUUCAAUUAGGGCUUCUGUUCAUUGAUUUUCCUACUGAAAAUUAUAUACUGCCUGCCAUAAACCCGUUAAAGAAGAAGGUUUGGGAAAAAUAAAAGACAGCGGAGCUGUGUCUUGCCGGACGUGUAUGAACGCCGACGACAGCCAGCCCUUAAGAUGAGUUCUACCAACUUAAGUAGCAACCAUGGUCUUGGCGAGCUUCGUGUGAAAGUUGUUAAGUUGGAGCAAGAUAUCAUUGGAAGAUCUUUGCAACAAUAUGAGUGCCCCAAAUUUGAAUUAACCUCUCGAGAAGAAUCCAAUUCCUUUAUUAGAAGGCAUGAAAUUGGAAAAAGUAGAAGGUCGACCAUUUUAAAUACUCCAAAUAGCGGCGCAAGGGUUUUGGAUCAAGAGUGGCCUCUAGUUGAUGAUUCAAGCUUUUGCUCGACAUCAUCAAUAAGUCCAGCCCCCAUUUGUCGUCAGUUCUGGAAAGCUGGAUAUUAUGAUGACCGGCUUAAUGCUAAGCCAACCUAUCAAAAUGGCACAGGUUAUCUCCGGAUUCACCCCAAAUUUCUUCAUUCUAAUGCUACUUCACAUAAAUGGGCCUUUGGUGCUGUGGCAGAGCUGCUUGAUAAUUCUGUUGAUGAGAUUCAAAAUGGGGCCACCGUCGUCAUUGUGGACAAAACCUCAAAUCCCAGGGAUGGAACUUCAGCUUUGUUAAUUCAAGAUGAUGGUGGUGGAAUGGAUCCUGAAGCAAUGCGUCGUUGCCUUAGUUUUGGGUUUUCAGAUAAGAAGUCAAAAACUGCCAUUGGACAGUAUGGUAAUGGGUUUAAGACAAGCUCAAUGAGACUCGGGGCUGAUGUUGUUGUCUUCAGCCGCUGCACAAGGGACAGAAAAUUGACGCAAAGCGUGGGUUUGCUAUCUUAUACAUUUUUAAUGCAAACAAGACAAGACAGAAUAGUGGUUCCAAUGGUUGAUUAUGAGUUCAACAAGCAUAGUGGCACAUGGAAGACAUUACAAAAUGACCAAUAUCUUCAGAGCAAUCUCUCUAUCUUGUUGCAGUGGUCUCCAUUUACGACAGAAGCUGAACUUCUGAAGCAAUGUGAUGACAUUGGCCCUCAUGGUACCAAGAUAAUAGUCUACAAUUUAUGGCAUAACGAUGAAGGGAAAAUGGAGCUUGAUUUUGAGUCAGAUCCGGAGGAUAUAUGCAUAUCGGGGAAGGGCAACAAUGCUGCAAAACUUUCUUCUCGGAUGGAAGCAAGUGAACAACAUCUUGCUAACCGUCUUCACUAUUCACUCCGUGCAUAUUUAUCUAUUUUAUACUUGCGAGUUCCAGAGAACUUCAUCAUAUUAUUGCGUGGAAGAGUCGUUGAGUAUCAUAACAUUGCAAACGAUCUUAAAUUUCCGGAAUUCAUCUUGUACAAACCUCAAAACGUGGAGGGUUCAGUCAUCACGACAAUUGGGUUCCUGAAGGAAGCUCCAGCAGUGAACAUACAUGGUUUUAAUGUCUACCACAAGAAUAGAUUAAUACUGCCAUUUUGGCAUGUCGUAACGUACUCUGACAGCAGGGGCAGAGGGGUUGUGGGGGUUUUAGAAGCAAAUUUUAUUGAGCCUUCCCACAACAAACAAGACUUUGAGAAAACUCCAGUUUUCCAAAAGCUUGAAACCCGCUUGAAAGAAAUGACACAAGAAUACUGGGAUUAUCAUUGUGGACUUAUUGGUUAUCAAGUUAAGAAAAAACCUCAAGCAACCAUGAUGUCCCAUUCGGCUAAGGAUUCUAGACAAGUUCAUGGUGUGUAUCAGCCUGUUUUGCUGGGUAGAGAUUCCUCAGGUGUGACUGCUGCAAAAGCAUCUUUGGCAGCUGGAGCUACCUCAGGUGUUAUUUGUGCAAAGACAUCUUCUGCCACUCCAGCUAGUCGGUGUGAAGUAAGUGUUUCACUGAAUCAUGUGGCAGCGACAUCUGGAAUCCCUGCAACGUCCUCUCAUCGAAAUUCCCUAGGAGCACCUCUCAAAAGGAAAGCAAACAAUGGCAUAGGGCCUGAAAGAGUGAAGAAGAUGGUAGCCACCGAGUCCAAAACAGUUGAUGGGGCACAUGGUGGAGAUGUUCAGCAUGCUGUUGAUCCUGCAAAACAGUUGGAAGGCCAAGAGGCUGCUAACCUAAUUCAAGAAAACCAAAAGCUCCGUGCUCAAUGCCAGGAGUACGAGAAGAUGGAUGAAGAACUCAAUGCCAAGAUUACACUUCUUAUGGCAGAAGUACGAGAAGCACAUCGCGAACAUGCUCGGUUGCUGCUGGAAUCGAAACUAUUGGAGAAAGUUAAACAGGAACAUAGACAAAUCAAACCCGUCUGAUUGUCUUGUUAUGCAUUUUCUUCUUGCUGGGUUACUAUUUUCUUGUAUGUAAUUAAAUUUAUGUCCUUUGUCCCGAAAGAAAGUAGCUUUAUUCGAUUACUCUUGCAAUUGCGUCUGUCUUCCGGUUUUGGCAGCAAGAUGAUCUGUGUAUUUGUAUCCUUAUGCGAAGGCCGAUCAUAGGAAUGCAAUGGUGGACGGACAGAGGAAAUUGCACCAAACAUGUUUUCUUUAACUCGUCAAAGAUAGAGUUUUUCUUCACUCCCUUGGAUUCAAGAACACAUGUUCAUUAGGGUUGUAAAUGGUUCAAAUUGAGUCUAACACAUAUUGUUCGAGUUUGUUUGAAUUAUUAUGGAGUUUAAAAAAUUGUAUUUGAGUUAAAUUUGAUUAUUAAUCUAA